AUGUCUGCCCUCGAAAACAUUCGCGUCAUUGAGCUCGCCGGGCUUGCUCCUGGUCCCUUUACAGGCUUGCUGCUCGCUGAAAACGGCGCCGACGUCCUCCGGGUCGACCGUGUGGCCCAGGGAGACAUACCCAGCCCCGACGUGUUGGUCCACGGGAAGUCCUCCGUCUGUAUCGACAUCAAGCACCCCCGCGGCCGCGAUUUGCUCCUUCGCCUGGUAGAACACGCCGACGUGCUCAUUGACCCAUUCCGGCCAGGCGUACUCGAGCGGCUGGGACUCGGACCCCGCGAGACUCUGCUGCCCCGCAACCCGCGCCUCGUCGUUGCCCGUCUCACCGGCUACCGACGCGACGGCAAAUACGCCCCCAUGGCAGGACAUGAUUUGAAUUAUCUCGCCGUAUCGGGCGUCCUCUCUACGUUAGGGGGACUUUACCCCCUCCCGCCCAGCCCUCCAGGAAACCUGUUGGCCGACUUUGCCGGCGGCGGGCUGGUGUGCUUUGCGGGCAUUCUGUUGGCACUGCAGGCUUGCGCGACUUCAUGUCGGGGCCAGGUGGUCGAGGCCAACAUGGUAGACGGUGUGUCGUACCUGGCGACGGCGCCGCGCGUCUCUUCAAAAAUCCCCGGUCAGUGGGACCGUCCUCGGGGCGAAAACUUGAUUGAUGGUGGCUGUCCAUAUUACCGGGUCUAUGAGUGCGCCGACAACGGACGGUAUAUGGCCGUGGCCGCGCUGGAGCCCAAGUUCUUUGCCGCGUUGUGUAAGGGGCUGCGUGUGUCCGACAAAGACUGGGGUGGAAUACCGCGUGACGACCGCGCUGCCUGGCCGGCCCUGCACAAGUUGCUUGCCGACCGUUUCACGACGCGCACACGCGUGGAAUGGGAAGCUGUAUUUGACGGCACCGAUGCAUGUUGCACGCCCGUGUUGACCUAUGCCGAGAUGGAGGCCGCACGGUACGAGCAACGGGCCAUGGUGGCUCUAAGCGACACGCCAUCGCAGGCACCAAGCGAUGGAUGGACACCACAAACACUCAAGGCUGGCAGCGGUGGCGAGCACCUGAUGUACGCGUGGACCGGCUGGGAGCGUGGCCAAGACUAUGUCGUAGCCGAGGGCGGGCUGCACGCGGUAGAGGGCAAGGCGAAGAUGUAG